CGUGACGAACAUUAUGGCGGAAGUAAAAAAUGACAUCAAAAAUUUCCAGCUCUUAUUUUAUCGUUUGUAACAGGAUAUGUGCAACAGAAGAUGUGGGUUCCAAGCAAAGAAGUUAAAUAUGGCGUUGCUGUUUGUCGCUUUGAUGGUUGUAAAGUUAGCCAUGGACUGUCAUUGCAGAUAGGUGACUGUGUACAAGUAUUGGAAGAAUGUUCAGGAUGGUACAGAGGAAUCAAUCUAAAGACAAAGAAUAAAAAGGGAAUAUUUCCUGCUAAUGUUGUCCAUCAAAAACCAUGCAAAGUUGACAAUGAAGGACCUUUUGAGAGUGUGACACCACUGGAAGAUGCUGCUGCUAAAGAAGUAGCUGAGAUACUUAGAGAAUGGAUGGUCAUUUGGAAGGAGCUAUAUCUGGAGCAAAAUGUGGAGUUGUUCCAUGGGAUCAGGUUUGUCAUGAUGGAGUUGAAGGAAUGGAGGCGCCACCUAUUGUCGGGCACAGUUACCCAAGAUCUCCGCAAAGAAAUAAGGACGAAAAUAGUCAACAAAAUAGACUGGGGAAACAGAAAAUUGGGUCUAGAUCUAGUGCCUAGGUUACAAUGGGAGCAAGUGGAUGGCGAUGAGAUCAGCGCUGUAGAGCUCUAUAACAUACACAGACAGGCCUCACACCCAGGAGGAAGAAAAGAGAGCCAGGCCUCCAUCGUUUUCAAGCCAAGGAUUCUCACCCAUCAUCUCUAUCUUUCACUGAAGAGCUUCGGAUGUAGUGUGGGAGAUGAAACUGAGGUCUAUUUUACACUUUAUGAUGCUAAACACAGCAGAACCAUAAGUGAGAGGUUCUUAGCAAGAUUGACGAGAAAUGGCCUCCCAGUGAACCAUGACAAGAUAUACAACUACUGUGCCUUGUUUACAGACCUGAGCAAUGAUGACCUACUUUUAGACAUGUACCUUGUGGCACAUAUAUACAGGAUAGGUAAAAUGCUUGUGGAAAAAGAGGGUAGUAAAUCUAAAGUUCCCCUGAAGACAUAUCGUCGACCAUAUGGUUGUGCUGUGGUUCACAUUCAGGAGGUUUUGCUUGGAAAUGCCCUUAUUGAAGAAAACGAAGAUGGGAGAGAGUUGCAGAUGAAAGUAUAUGUGGCACAUAAAGAGGAGGAAUUUCCUCAAAUCCAUGAACAUAUCAUUAAGAAGCAAAGCGGGAAGUACAGCCUGUCCUCAGCCCAAACUAAUCUUGGAAUUGUUGUUUCUAUCUCGAUGCACCAUGGAGAACUGGUUGAUGUUCAGAAGGCCAAGCCUAUCAUAUUUACCAGAGGAGUUGCAAUGGUUAGAAAAAUGGGAUUUUCUGAUGUCAUUAUGCCAGGUGAUGUUCGUAAUGACCUAUACCUCACCCUGUCUCAUGGUGACUUUGAUAGAGGUUCCAAAACAUCUUCCAAGAACAUUGAGGUCAAAGUGACCGUUUUAGAUAAAGAUGGUGCUAUUAUAAAAGAUUCCAUCCACUAUGGUGCAGGGGAGAACCCAUGUAGUGAAGAAUAUUACUCCACUGUGUUCUACCACAACAAUGUACCCAAAUGGAAUGAUACAAUAAAGCUCACUGUGCCAAUUGACAAAUUCUAUGGCUCUCACUUCAGACUGGAGUUCAGGCAUUGCUCAACCAAGAGUCCUGAAAAGAAGCUGUUCUCAUUUGGCUUUGCUAAGCUGAUGAAUGAAGAUGGAACUACAAUGAAAGAUGGAUGCCAUGAACUCUACCUCUAUAAGACAGAAGAUGUGUCGAAGCUGAAGUCAGUAGACUAUUACAUCGACCUUCCAUUUAUGCAAGACAAGAUUGAGCUGACUGCUGGUGGGAGUCAGGGAAACACAUUCUUCCAACGAGCAACUAGGGAAACAAUCACCAUAGAAACCAAACUCUGCUCAACAAAACUCACUCAAAAUGUUGAUCUUUUGGGAUUUCUAAAAUGGCGGAGUGAACCUGAAAGUGUGCAGCUGACACUGGAGAAGUUAAGGAUGUUAGAUGGGCAGGAGAAAGUCAAGUUCCUGCAGGAUAUCAUGGAUACGCUGUUUUCUAUGUUUAGUCUUGAGGAAAACAGUGUCAGUCCAAAGGCCAGCCAAGUCUUCCAAACUCUGGUAUCUAUAUUUGGGUUACUGGAGGAUCGCAGAUUUGAACAUUUCAAACCAGUUAUGGAUGCUUACAUAUCAAAUCACUUCUCAGCUCCUUUGGUCUAUAGUGACCUAUUGAACUGUUUGAAGGACCAACUUGAUGGCAUAGAUGCUGCUGACAGCAGACCUGAGACUGGUCAGGUUACAUUUCAGGUGCUUGAAAAUAUCUUCAAGCUGAUUGUUAAAUCCAGAAUACUAUUUACAAGGGCUUCAGGAGGCAAUGUAGAUGAGGAGUUUAAGAUAAAACUCUACCAGGUGUUCAACUCCAUUGGCAAAGUCUUGUUUCAUUCCACUGAUGCAGCACCAUUCUCUAAAGCCCAGUUAUUACUGGUUGAAAACAUAGCCUCUAUACUUCCACAUCUGGCAGAGGUAUUAGAUCGCACUGAGUUGAGCAAAUUAGUCAGUGACACAAUCCAAAUGAUUCCCAAGGAUUGUAGUUCAAAGAUUAAUCGUGCCAAACUGCAGUGUAUGAGUGACAUAGUGAAUGGCGACAUAUUUAAGUAUUCAGAACCACGUGCAAUAAUUCAAAUUAUGGUGCUAGGACAAAUAAAGCGGUGCCUCAUCAACAAGCAAGAUCUUAAACCAUGUGCAGCACUGCUUGGGGACAUGCUCACAAUAUUCCAUGAUAUCAAAAAGGCUGAAUGUAUUGACAGCAGUUUACGGAGUGUAGUUACAGUUCUCUUAGAUGUCUUGGUUCAGACAAUUAUAGCUGUAGACAGGACAAGUGAAGCUGCUGGCCGGCUAAUUUCAUGUCUUAUCUCAAUGUUGAGACUGAUGUCCCCCAAGCACUACACGGCUGUGAUAGAAGGAUAUAUUAAUAGAAAGCCACUGAAGGAUUUCUUGCUCCAUAUUCUAAUAGUAUUCCAAUCCCUAGUGAAACAAGAUGUGUUUCCAAGAGACUGGAUGGUCAUGAGAAUGGUCUCAAACAAUGUGAUACUUACUGCAGUCCAAAUCUUCUCACAAGCAAUAAUUGAGAGGUUCCUAAAGAAUAAAGAUUUUGAAUAUGAUCUAUGGCAGAAAUAUUUCAGUUUUGCGGUAUCUUUUCUCACACAGCCUUGUCUUCAACUGGAGAACUUCUCAGAGCUCAAGAGAAGCAAGAUAAUAGACAAAUAUCGUGAUAUGAGAGUGCUUAUGGGCUUUGAAAUACUAACCAUGUGGAAGACUCUGGAUAAACACAAGAUCAUAUUCAUUCCUGGUAUUGUGGGACAAUUUCUCGAGGUGACACUAGUUCCAGAAACUGAGCUGAGAAAAGCAACAUUGCCAAUAUUUUAUGAUAUGAUGGAAUGUGAAUAUGCAGAUAGGGGAAACUUUAAGCAGGUGGAGAGUGAAUUGAUCGAUAAGCUUGACAUCUUGGUUAGUGAAAACAAGGGUGACAGUGAAUACAAGAAUCUCUUUAACUCAAUUUUGCUGUAUAAGAUGAAGCAGACUCGUCUGGAGGAAACAGGGUCUCAGUUUGUCAUGUCUGUAACCAGUCUCCUGGAGAGACUCUUGGACUACAGGAAUGUCAUUGAAGGAGAUGAGCGAAGAGACAAAAGAAUGACAUGUACAGUGAAUUUACUAAACUUUUACAAAAAUGAGAUUAAUCGUGAGGAAAUGUAUGUUCGAUAUAUCUACAAACUGUGUGACCUUCACCUGGCAGCUGACAACUACACAGAAGCUGGAUUCACCCUCCUUCUCCAUGCCAACCUGCUCUCUUGGCAGGACCACACUCUCCACGCAGAUCUCAAAUAUCCUGGCCAAAUGGAAUGGCAAAGAAAGGAACAAAUCUACUUAGAAAUCAUUGGCUAUUUCGACAGGGGAAAGAGUUGGGAAAAUGGUAUUCCUUUGUGUAAACAACUUGCUCAUUUCUACGAGACUAAAAUAUACAACUACACAAAAUUGAGCGAAAUUCUCCGGACACAAGCAACUUUCUUUGACAACAUUCUAAGUGAAGCUAGAGAGUGCCUCAGACCAGACCCGGAGUACUUCAGGGUGGGAUUCUAUGGCCAACGCUUUCCAAUGUUCUUAAGGAACAAAGUGUUUGUGUAUAGGGGAGAAGAAUAUGAGAAACUUUCAGACUUCAAGGAUCGUAUGAGUGAAGAAUUCACCAAUGCCAAGUCUAUGCGCAACAGUUGUGUUCCAGAUGAAUCCAUUAAAAUGGGUGAAGCUCCUUAUCUACAGAUAUGUGCAGUUAAGCCUGUCCCAGUACUAAGAGAGGAGUUUGAGGGGGGAGGGGUGUCGGAGAAAAUACUCAGCUUCUACAAGGUGAAUGAAGUAAACAGAUUCCAAUAUGACAGACCAUUCCAUGAAGGUACUAAAGAUCCUAAAAAUGAGUUUAAGACAUUAUGUAUUGAACGAACAACAAUGAGAACUGCUGGUGAAUUCCCAGGUAUUUUACGAUGGUUUGAGGUCACUCAGAGUGAAAGCGUUAAACUGACCCCUAUAGAGACAGCUAUUGACAGUAUGGAUGGCGUCAAUUUAGAGCUAAGAGGAUUAGUGAAUAAGUACACAAUGGACAGUGCUAGGAAUUUAAACCCUCUUACGAUGAGGUUGAAUGGAGUUAUUGACGCGGCAGUGAAUGGUGGUGCUUCCAGGUACCAGGAUGCAUUCUGUAGUCAAGAGUUUGCAAUAGAACACCCGGAGCAUGACUCUCAUAUCUGCCAGCUUAAGUCUCUCUUCUCUGAACAGAUCCAGCUUUUAGAGGGUGCCCUGUCACUCCAUGGCCGUCUAGCCCCACACCAGGUCCAGCCCCUACACCAGCGUAUGGUACAACUUUUUGCUAGCAUGAAGAAAGGCAUAAAGGACUCUGGAUCUCCAAACUUGAGCUUCACGCUGAGGAGAACAGACCGCACCCCUAUCCCUGACAACUUAUCAGAUGUUAUACGACCCAUCACACCAACUAGUCGAAGCUCUGCAUCUAAUUCCAUGUCAUCCUCGGGAAGUCAGCCAGGAAGUAACCGUUCAAGCGCCAUCUAUGAGGAUGAUAACAUGUACAGUAGUGCUGCUGAUGAUGAUAAUUAUGAACAUAUGGACUUUGAUGGCCCACCAACAGUUGAGGAUGUAGAUAUGUACGAACCCAUCACCCCUACGCCUCCUAGUGCCACCUAUAUUCAACCCAGUCGGGCACCUGGGCGCGUACAAUCUGCUUACUAUCAACGUACCACCCCGCUACAGACUGGCUCAAGAUCAUCUCAGAUCAGCACAGGGAGCAGCAGUAGAAUCCGUAACAACAGUGACCCCAACCUCAAUGCCAAUAUAGGUAAUAUGAAGGUGGCACCCUCAAGCACCAGUCUGGACAGUGGCAUUGGCACAGAUAGUAACAGAGGGAGCACUGCCAGUACAGGGUCAGGGCUUGGCAGACCCAUUGUGACGAGCCGACAGAGCACACCAGUAGGAGGAAGCACUCCCAUGUCCGUAACUGCCACACAAAGGCAAUUAAGUACUCCCAUCAUUAACUCCAGCGGGGCUCUCACUGGGUCUUCUACGUCACAGGCUUAUAAUGGUGGGGCCCCUAGGCUGCCCCCACGCAGAGCACAGACUGUAAAAAGUUCUGAUGGGUUAACAUCAGUUGCAAGAGGAAUACGACGUCACAAGACAGAACCAGAUGGUAUAAAGUUCAACCAACUGGAUUUGACAUCACAAUCGACUCCAUCUAAAGGUCAAACUGAUGCUCCUCCAUUGCCUCCCCGCCCCUCCCCUUUGUCUCCACCAGGAGGAGCCACUGGGGCUAAGAUAUCUGGGACAUCAUCGCAACAGCGAGACAUUAUUCAAUCACCGCAAAACUCUUCUGGAAACCCAACACCUGUCCAGUCACCAUUAAGUCCAGAAAAUUUAAAAUCGCCAAACUUAAAACCUGAAGAAGCGCCACCUUUACCCACAAGAACUCGGCCUCCUUCUGUUCGUCCAAAACCAGCACCGAGAUCUGUUAGUCCACAAAAAACACUUAAAGCAUCGGAACAAACUGACCCAUCAAAAACCAGUCUACAUCAAACCAAUCUCUAG